AUGAGUUCAACUACUGUCGCUCAACAUGCAACACAGCCUUUGAAUUUUGGACCAGAAUGGCUUCGAGCAUUGUCGACACCUGAAUCAACAACACCGAUGCCUUCAUCAGGUGGUAGUGGUGGUGGAAAUGUUUUUAAGUUUGCUGGAACGAAAUAUCGAUACUCAAAAGACGAAAUUAUAGCACUACGUGCCAAUGUAACGGAACGCUUAGCUGAAGAUGUUCGAAACGAAAUUUUGGAAAAUCUGAAAGAUGUAGAGAGUGUUUUUCGACCGAAUAUUAUUGAACCAUUGACUCUAAUAUCUCCAACAGCAGAGGAAACGGCUAAGAUGAAUUCAUUGUCAAGCUAUAUUUCUGGUCGGACACCUGGUGGCGGUGGUCGUGGUGGAAGUAACUCUCAACAAUCACAACAACAGCAGCAGCAGCAUGAUUCACGAAGUAAUCGGGGCGGUUCAAUGUCAAAUGGACGUGGUGGAGGAUCGAGAGGCAGAGGCGGACGUGAUAAUGCUUUUGGAUCGAAUCGUGGAAAUACAACUGCAGAUGAUACUGGAGAAAACGGAGGAAAUAGUAAUGGUGGCGGUGGUGAUGAUUCGUCUGCGCCAUCGUCAUCAUGGUCUUCUCGGGGCGGUUAUCAUUCACGUGGUGGAGGAUCUUUUGGAAAUCGAGUGCGAUCUUAUGAUGAUCGUGAUCAAUCAUUUCGUCGGGGCAGUGCUACGCGUCAAACAUCGGAUGGAUGGCGUCGAUCACGCGGUGACGAGGAUGAUGAUCGAAAUAACGAUCAAAAUGAAGAUCCACCAACAGGAUCUGGUAACGGCUCAACAUCGUGGACGUCCCGUGGUGGUGGACAAACGAGACGAGGAGGUGGUAGUGGUUCUAUGGAACAUCGAACUAAAUCGAAUGAAAAAUGGAGUCAUAGUGAUGAUCGACCUGGUCCAUCAAGUAGCUUCGAGUCCAAUCAGCAACGUGGUGGAUGGCGUUCGAAUGCAACUCUGUCAGAUCGUGAUCUAAAUUCGCGUCGUCCACAGCCAAAGCGAGAGCGCAUACCUGAAUGGAUGGAUGAUGGCAAUGAUGGUGAUAAUCCAUUGAGUAAUGCAACGUUCGAAAAAGAUGGAACAUUUACUGGAGCAUCAUCGGCGCGACAUAAUAAAGAGAACAGUAACGAACAGCAUAAAUUGCAAACGCAAUCUUCCAACGAGGAAUCAUCAACUGGAUAUGGGAAUAAUGUUACUUCCUCGAGACAGCAAGAAGAGAAAAAAUCUGGCAAAGUAACACCGCCACAAUCAGAUACCGCUGCUGUCAAUAUACCAAGUGCACCCUCAAAUAAUAUACCUAAACCAACACCACCCGUGCAACAACCUAUACCGAGUUGGGAUGAUGAAUUUGAACCCAGUGAUGUAGCCAAAACUGUCGUGGAAGCAACCCUUGCUGACGAUCAUGAUUAUUCUCCACCAAUAUCUAGUCAGCCGACUCCAUCAGCUGGGCCAAUUAUUCCAUCACAACGAGCACCUCAACCGCCACCACCUGUAAUUAUCGAUGAUAAGCAAUGGUAUUAUAAAGACCCGCAAAAUACAAUUCAAGGUCCAUUUUCUGCAGCCGAUAUGGAACGCUGGUUUAACGCAGGAUACUUCACCAUGGCUUUGCCUGUGAAACGUUUUGGUGAAACCAAAUUUUCGACAAUCCAACAAUUAAGAGAUGAACUAGGUCGUGUGCCAUUUCGUGCUGAUGCUCCAACACUACCACCACCCGUGCAACAGCCUGUGGUACCCGAACCACAAAAGUUCAAUCCAAUGACAUAUGCAACGCCAUCGGCAACUAGCAACACUUUCGUCGACGAUUACUUAUUACAACAUCAACCAAGACAAAAUCUACAACAAUCAAUGUUGUUUAACAGACAAACAUCAGUGCCAAUAGCACCACCUGAUCGUAAACCAGUUACAUCUCCAUCGAUGGUCAAUCCUCAAUUACAAACAUAUUUCGGUUCUCACCAACAACAUUCACAAUCUUCAACAUCUCUCUUCUCACCUAAUCUUGUUAAUGAUCCUGUCGUAGCCUAUUCACAACAACCACAAUUACAACGAAGUAUUUCUGCAACUAAUCAACAACAACAAGAACAACAAUCCUUAUUCCAUGACGAUGUUCAACGAUCAUUUCGUCAUGGUCCAUCUCAGCCGAGUACAUCGUCAUUUUUUGGUGCCAAUAUCGCUGGUGCACUCUCACAACAACCAGAUGAUAUUAUGACACGUCUUACUCAGGCCAUGCAAAGCCACGGACAACAACAACAGGAAAAGAUCGAAGAACAACGGCGUCUCGAACAACAACGACGUGAUUUAGAAGUUGAACGUUUGAAACUAGCGCAACAAGCUGAACAAUUGCGAAUACAACGUGAAGAAGAUGAACGCCGUCAAAUCGAACAGCAGCAUAAGUAUGAAGAGGAAAUGCGUAAGAAAACUGAAGCAGCUGCUGCAAAUAAACAACUAUUAGAACAAAUGAAAGAAAUGGCGAAAGCAAUGGAUCAGAGAAAACAACAGCAACCGGUUAAACCACAGCCAAAAGCUGAAGUUGAAGUUGACCCAUUCAUCGCUUUCCAACAAUCACUUCAAUAUCAAAAAGAACAACAGGCAAAAAUUGAAGCUCAAAAAGCGGAAAACGUUCGUCGAUAUCAACAGCAACAACAACAGCUUCGAGAACCAUCUCAACCAUCUCCACAACAAGCGCAAGUAUUUAAAUUGCCAGAAACAGCAAAUUGGGCUCGUCAUUCAUCACAAGGCAGUGAGCAAAACCAACCAUUGAAUUUUGCUGAAAUACAAAAACAAGAACAAGAACAAGAACGACGCGUUCGAGAAGCAGCUUUGGCUGCCCAACAGCUCGCUAAAGCAGAAGCAUCGAGUAAUCCGAAUGGAUCAUCAUCCAAUAACAAUAAACCUGGCUCAUGGGCGCGAACACUAUUUGCGGGUGCUACUGGUAGCAAUAAUACGAAUAAUAGUUCUCUAGCAUCAAUAUCAACCCAUACGUCAUCAGAUCACGAUACAAACGAUAAUCCAGUACCUGAAUCACCUAUUACAUCUUAUAACCAACAGGCAACAAAUGCGGUACUUUCUCUUUUAAAUAUUCAUCCUAAAUCUCGUUCAUCAACAAGUCAAUCAUCAACUCCUUGGAAUUCAUCAACGAAUAUACCAAAUACAUCUCUUCAAGAUAUUCAACGACAACAACAACAACAAUCUCAAAAUGAGUCAAAAGCAUCAGCACAACAAUCGCAAGUACAAGUACAAGCACAAGCACAACAAGCAUCGCCUGCUCAUUCAACGCCAGCAUGGGGUGGAGCCUUCCAACACACGACACCAUCACCACAAUCCUCAUCAUCGAUCCUCUGGGGUGAUAAUCAACCGACUUCAUCAAAAACCAAACAACCAACUGCAACUAGUGGCAAUAAACCCUCAACACCAUGGACCGAAUUGAAAUCUGCUGCAGCUCCUUUGUCUACCAAAUCGAACUCAUCAACUGUCGAAUUAACAAAAAGUGAACGUGAAGUUAAAUGCUUAUUUUCAGCAACUCGUACUCAGGAUGCACUUUCUAAAUGGGCGCAAACACAAUUCAAAGAUAAUUUACAAGCUAUUGAUGUUCCAACCCUUGUCACAUUAUUGAAAGAUAUCGAUAGUGCUGAAGAAAUUUUUGAAUACGUUCAACCUUACAUCGGUUCAGUUGUCAAAUCAAAAGAAUUCGCCAAGGAUUUUAUACUCAAACGUAAACAAUUAGCCAAUGCCGGACCGGAUGUUGAUAAUGAUCAUUUGAAUGAAUUAGCCAUGGCGCCAACAUCAUCGAGUGGCAAUUCCGGCCAUGGCGCUGAUGAAGGCUUUCAAUUAGCAUCAAGCAAUGGACAGAAGAAAAAAGCGAAGAAAAUGAAAGGUCAGAAAAUCGAUGUGAAACAACUUGGUUUUAUGGUUAAUAAUCGACCAGAACAACGAGACGAUAUUGAUCGAGUCCUAAUGUAA